ACCUAGUUCUUCCAGCCAGGAAAGUAGUUGUCACCUUAUACGAACAUCUGCAAGGACAAGACUGUCAAUUACUUACUGCCUGUAACUGAGUACAUCAGAUCUGAAAAGGUAGUCUGUGGAGAUGUAGCUGACAACAAGAGCACAAAACCCACAAAAACACACACCGUUUCAGCAUGAUGGCUUUUUCAAGAGCCAAGUCUAUCCUAAACUUUGCUGGUGUUCCUGAAAGGGGAAACAGGUAUGAAGGAAAUUGUCUGAAGCUGCAGCAUGAGUCAGUAGCCAACCUAGAAACUGAUUCCAUAAUUACUGACUCUGAUGGCACACUGCCCCCAGGAUGAAUACUUUGAUAAUCUGCUGCUCUCCUGUACGCCUUGUCAUCUUCGAUGUUCUAGCACACCACCACCUUUGUGUGAAAACUACUGUGAUAAGAGUGCUGAUUCAAGUGGAGUUCUUUGGAUUUGUUUGGGCUUAGGAGUAAUUAUAGUCCUCACUCUGUUCACCUUAAUGGUCUUGUUUAAAUGGAAGCACUUGAAGCUACUAAAAGAAAAUCUGAAAAACACAGACUCUUCUUUGGAGCUGCACAAUAUUCUCAAGGCUAAUACUGAAAGCAGCAUGAAUACAGAAGGAAUUAGACACUCACUUCAAAGCGAAACAUUAAUGUAUUCAGUCGAAGAAUGCACUUGCAGUGAUUGUGGUUUGGUAAAACCUCAGACUGGCUGUGAAACUUUAUUUCCAUUACCCGCUACAGAAGAAGGAGCUACUGUUCUAGUUACCACUAAAUCUUUUGAUUAUUGCAACUAUAUUCUGGGUGCUGGAUGACUAUGAGAGAAGUAUAUUUUUACUGCAUAAUAAUAAACAAGUUAUUCCAGUAUAGCUAAUAAUACUUGCAGUUAGUGGAGAAGGCUAAUACAUCAUCACUAUAUAUCUUCCAUUGAGCUUUCAUUAAUACUGUCAAAUUAUUUCUAAUUCUAGGAUCUCCUGGGUUAAGUAUUUCUAUAUUAUUUUCAGGUGCUAAACUAGUUACUGCAAUUUUUAAUUUCUGAAAGUCCCUACAUAGCAUGGCGUUUUCUGCCUUUAGUGAUUGUAUCUACUUAUGCCAGAUAUAUACAAACCCAUAAUUAAACAAGUUUGCAAAUAUUUAUGUUAAAUUCAGCUC